AAUCGGAAAGCGGGAAAGCCUCUCCAUCGGAACCAUGCUCAUAUGCAUACUCGCAAUACUCCUGGCAUCAACACUGACCUUGCAAAGGACCUUGACAUCAACUUCACUUGGAUUCCACCUCUCGCAGUGACAUCUGUUGAUGAGGCUAUGCAACGUGAGGUUCCGCUGGAAGGACCUGAGGGGAUGAUGGAUGAGCAGUUUGCAGCUGAGUACGAGGAGUGGGAGAGGCAAUGGGCGGAAGAAGUAGCGGAUGAUAAUCGCGACGUUGAUCCAGUCUUGCUAGAUGUCAUUCCCACUGCUGGCGAAAUCUAUGACUUCACUGAGCUUGACCGCAUUGACAGGGGAAUGGCGCCGGCCUCCUUUAAUGAGGAAGUCCAAAUGCCUUCUUCUUCGACUGAGGCGGUUGUUUGGAACGUAGAUACACUCCUGCGUAUGAACGGCAUGGAGUUCUAGCUAACAUACUACUCUAUGAUACAAAUCUAUGGCACUAAUUUCUAAGUACACUUUUGCCCGGCCAUUUUUGAACCGUACAAGCUCAGAAAAAGCCAAAAAAUGAAUUGCCAUAUUUCGC